AUCUUCAGUCUCAGGCUGAGACUGAAGACGUUGUGGACUACGACCUACCUACGACGUUAAACGUUAGCAGCUGUUCUGCUGAGGCAGCAUCCGUCAACGAGGACAGCUCAGCUAUCCAGGACACUUCUUCACUGCCGGAGCUAGCUAAUGUUCACAGCCCCGAGAGCGAAGAGCCCCCCGGCGGCAUCUUCAACCGACGGCCCGGAUUCUGCUGCGAGUGCGACCGUUGAGGGAAGCGGUGAUGGGUCUCGAGUCUGCGAGCAGCCCCUGUACGAGCAAAUUGAGGAAGAAGCUGACUAUGUCAAUGCAGCAGUACGCACUGUGGAUAAAAAGGAAGCCACAUCAGGUCAGAAGUUUCUCUCCUUCACUCAGUCUUUUCUACCAAUGGCAGCGUGUUGGGUGAUACUGUUAGUAAUCAUGUCCCUUCAUAUUUACUUUACCUCAGUCAUUUCUGAAAACAACGCCAAGCUGACUGCAGAAAACCAGAACCUGGAGACACAAAACCAGAACCUGGAGACACAAAACCAGAACCUGCAGACACAAAACCAGAACCUGACGACACAAAACCAGAACCUGGAGACACAAAACCAGAACCUGAAGACACAAAACCAGAACCUGGAGACACAAAACCAGAACCUGGAGACACAAAACCAGAACCUGACGACACAAAACCAGAACCUGGAGACACAAAACCAGAACCUGACGACACAAAACCAGAACCUGAAGGCACAAAACCAGGAGCUGGAGACGCAGAAGAACUUAACAGAAAAAAUACAAGACAUGGAGACAAAGCAGAAUGAGCUCAAUGUCAGUCGAGCUCAGUGGAGCAUUAAUGCCUACUGCCCCCUAAAAAGUGGAGGUUCAGAAAGACAGUGUAAACCUUGUCAGAAGGGCUGGGAAAACUUCACGUCUGGCUGCUAUGCGUUUAAUAACCCUGGGCCUGCUGGUCAGAAACCCUGGGAUGAAGCUCGAGAAGACUGCAAAGGAAAGAGUUCAGAUCUGGUUGUUAUAACUGAUGAACAAGAGAAGACUUUCAUUCAUGGUAAAUGGUGGCUAAGUUCAGGAAAAAACGGGUUCUGGAUUGGACUGAGAGUUGAAGAUGGGAAAUGGAAGUGGGUCGAUGGAAAUGAUCUGACUGAAGAAUCCUGGAUAGAACGUCCUACUGAAGGUCACUGUGCAACUGUUGUCCAGAACAGCGAACUGAGUUCAGUGAACUGUAGUGAAAAACGACAAUGGAUCUGUGAACAGAAAGCUUUAACUGUUUAAACACUGCAGUCAAACUUGAGAAUGUUACUGGAUCCUCUGUAAAGAUUGAUUACAUGUAAGAUAAUAUCAACUGGUUUAUAAAUACCAAACUUCACAAUUUAAAGUUUUGUUUAUAAAUAUAUUUUUUUAAAUGAUGUGAGGGCUGGGAUAAAGAGUGGGUUAAGUUAUAAUUAGGAUCAUAUGAGGUUUAAAUGGAGUUUGGAAACAUUUAUAAUUGUGAUUUAAUUGUAUUUGAAGGUUUUGCAAAGGGCUUAGAACACCAAUGUGCUUAUCUUGAGUUCUCCUGGGUAGACAGUACUUUUUGUAGAUUUCACACCGAUUGUAUUUCAGUCCAUGUCACUAUGUGAAUGUAACUUUAUGUAUAUUUAUAAAAUAUAUGUGAUUACCUUAGUGAGUAGCUGUUUAGAUGUGUUAUGCAAUGUCUACACAAUAUUUUAGUUACUUGAUUUUUAUAAAUAAUGUCUUCUUCAUAAUAAAUGCAUAAGGGAUCAUUUUUUA